UCUAUAUCAGCUUUCCCGGCCACUGAUGCCUUAUCUAUGAAAUCGGUAGAUUAGAUUAGUCAAAUGUCAUCCUAGUUCUGUGACUGGAGUCCUGCAGGCUCUAAGUGCCUGAUUCAGAUGCAGCAGGUGGAGGAAGCACAGGAGGAGGUCGGUGGGAUGGCCGAACUUAGUCUAGAUUCUUAGAAAAGAAUUUUCCAUGGGGGUAGGGCCUCCCGGGCCCCUGCCUCCUCUGAAGGUGGAGGCCGCCCCUCCCGCUCCCGGGGAAGGGGGGGGGGGCGGAGGGAGGGAGGGGAUGCUUGCAGUGCUUCCCUCGGGGCGGAGUGGGGCGGAGUGGGGCGGGCCUAAGCUGCCCAGUUCCUAGUUCUAAACCGAGCUCCCUGCACAGGCGGCAGACACGGCCUGAAGAGGCCUAGACUGCUAAAGAUGGAGGCUGGCAGCGCAGCCUGCGCGCCGCUCCUCUCUCUCCUCCUCCUCCUCCAGCUGCUGCUCCAGCUGCGAGGCUCCUGCGCCCAGGCCGCAGGGCAGCCCCACAUUGUCUUCGUGCUCGCGGACGAUCUGGGCUGGAACGACGUGGGCUACCACGACUCCAAUAUCUUCACUCCGCACCUGGACGCGCUGUCGGCCCAAGGGGUCCGGCUGGAAAACUACUACACUCAGCCUCUGUGCACGCCGUCCCGUAGCCAGCUCCUGACCGGCCGCUACCAGGUAAAGAGCGCCCGCCCGCUGGGCUCGCUCAGCCGCUCUAAGCCCAGCCUCUACCCACUCCCACUCCUCCCUCUGUUUCUCUACCUCGCCCUUCAGUCUGUCCACGAGCCCCUGCAGGUCCCUGAGGAAUAUCUGCAGCCGUAUGACUUUAUCCAAAACAAGAAGAGGCAGCAUUAUGCAGGAAUGGUGACCCUUAUGGAUGAAGCUGUGGGAAAUGUCACAAGAGCACUUCACAAGUAUGGGCUCUGGAAUAACACAGUGUUCAUCUUCUCCACAGACAAUGGCGGACAGACUUUGGCAGGGGGAAACAACUGGCCAUUAAGAGGAAGAAAAUGGACGCUGUGGGAAGGUGGAAUUCGAGGGGUGGGCUUUGUAGCCAGCCCCUUACUGAAACAGAAAAGAGUGAAAAGCUCGGAACUCAUCCACAUUUCUGACUGGCUGCCUACUCUAGUCAACCUUGCUGGUGGAAGUACAAAUGGCACCAAACCACUAGAUGGCUUUGAUGUGUGGAAGACGAUCAGUGAAGGAAGCCCUUCCCCCCGGAUGGAGCUGCUGCAUAACAUUGACCCGGGUUUUGUAGACACAGCACCAUGUCCUGGACCCACUAGUCCUCCUUCCACGAGGGAUUCCUUUCCUUCAGCACAUUCUACCUUCAAUGUAUCUAUCCAUGCAGCAAUUCGAUAUGGAAACUGGAAACUAUUGACUGGCUACCCAGGUUGCAGUUACUGGUUUCCACCGCCAUCUUUAUCCAAUGUCACAGAGCUACCACCACCUGACCCACCAACGAAAAACCUCUGGCUUUUUGAUAUUCAACAAGACCCUGAAGAAAGAUUUGACCUAUCCAGUAAGCAUCCCACGAUUGUCAAGAAGCUUCUUGACCGGCUUCAGUAUUACCACAAGAACUCUGUACCGGUGUUCUAUCCUAAACAGGAUCCCCGCUGUGAUCCAGAAGCAUCUGGAGUUUGGGGGCCGUGGAUGUAGGAUGUUAAUCAGCUCUCAGACUAGAAGCCUGCCUCUCGGGUAACUUCAGGCCUCCGUAGUCACCCCAUUUGU